AUGAGCCUCGCAGCCGCCCGCGUCCUGUGCCGCCUUGCGGAAAAGGCGGAUCAGCUCGACGACGUACGGGAGCUCACGCUGCUCCUGCAGCAAGAGUUUGUGCACCUGUUCCGCGGAGCGGAGGCGCCGUCCGGCCCGUCAAGCCUCGCGGCGAGCUCGCUGGCCACCACAGAGGAGGAGAAGUUGUUGGCCGUCCGGGCGGUUGCCGCGCUGCACGGCGUAGGUCCGCGACGUCAUGCCGCGUUUUUCAAAGACGCGUCGUACCACACAGAGGCCGCCCUCUUUAUCCAUGAGAUGCUGGGGGCCCUGUCGGGGCGCAGGCAGCUUUGGUUUCAGCAGCUGCAGGUGGAGAGCCUCCGCGCGUGCGUCGCCGUUGUGACGGCCAUAGGUUGCAGCAAUACGCGUCUCUGCCUUCCCGGGAUUGUCUCGGCGUGUGUGCGGUACGUGGACCGUGCGCACCACGGCACGGACGCGGUUGCCGUGCGCACGGGGGCGGUGGAGCUGCUGCGGGCCGCGCUGACAGCCGCGCUGCAGCCGCAGGGAGAGGACAGGCAGUGGCUGCAGGGGGCGGUGGAGCACUUGGGGCGCAGCAUGGCUCGCUUGUUGGACCCGCGCUGGCUAGCGUGUGGGGCACUGGCGCCUCCAUUCGCAGAAUCCUUGCUGCGGCUUACCACGGAGCUGCUGCUGCUCCCGUCACUCCGCACAUUUCUUGCAACACCGCUGAUGCAGGAGGUCGUCGUCGCGUGGCUUGUGCUUUCAAACGUACAUUUUCUUCUCAGCGGUGCUACGGAGCCCGUUGGCCAAAUACCAAGCACCUUCUUUGAGGUACCUGCGGUGGUGGAGGUGCUGCACUCGCAGUUGCGGCAAAUGCACGGGGUGGAGCUGCUGCAAUUUGCCGCGGCGCUGCUGCGUUGCGGGGCCACGCGGUCCACGGCGCAGCUCGCGGGAAAUCACGACCGGCACCUGCUCUUGCCCGUGCUGCAGCGGUGUGUGCGGGUGGUGGGCACGGAGAUGAGCGUGGAGGACCUGUACAGCGCGGCCGCCGCACGCAGCCAUCCGUGUGCGGUUGUGGAUGCGUUUCUCGAGGCUGCCGCGUACGCGUUAGCGACGGCUGCCGCAGCGGAGCCCGCAGCGGACGGGGCGCUGCUGUUGGAGGCAUUCAUGUCUGAGUGCGAGGCAACGCUGGCGGACUGGGACCUCUACAUGCUGCACCCGCCAACCAUCUACGUGCUUGCGCGGCUUGUGCUGUGGCAGUUUAGGAGCCCGGCGUGGGCGACGGCGGGGGAGGGGGGGCGUGGGCGACCGGCUGAGGAGCUCGUCCUCUCCGGCGCGUUUGAGCGGCUCUGGAGCGUCGUCGCCCAGCCGCACCUGUGGAACAUCACAGAGGAUGCGCAGCUCUGCUCGUACCAGCAGCUGCGUCACCGACAGACGGUCGCGGCGACGAUUCUGCGCUGCCUGGAGCUCGCCGCGGGGGUGCUGCGUGACGAGCCCGUGGCGCACAGGGCGCGGCGGCGGCGGGCGGUGCGGCGGCUCACCCUGCUGCUGCUAUACCUCGUGCUGGAGAAGGCGACGGGGCCGGCGGUGGUGCACGACGCCGCGAUGCGCGUGCUGCAGGGGCUCGGGGAGGCGGGCGAGUACCCGGACACCCUCGCCUUCCUCCUGGAGCAGGGCGCCCACGUCGUGGACGAGGCGGCGCGCGCCGUCACGGAGGAGGACUUUCGCGCCGCCGCCGCCAACGUCCUCCGCGGCGGCGUCGGUUUUCUGCGGAGCGCGCUGCUGCCCGUCCCCCGCAGGGCCGGGGCGAGUGACGGCGCGGCGGCGCGGCCGCAGUGGGUGGACGCCCCGCGCGGCGACGGCCUCGCCCCGGUUGUUGUCGCCGCAGCCGCCGCGGUGCCAAAAGUCGCCGACUUCGUCGCCGCCGCCGUGAAGGUUGCCGCCGACGGCUGCCGACGCGCGACGGUUGAGGAGGAGACCGCCGGGGCGCUGGCCUCCGUCGCGCUGCUCGCCGACUGCUUCAGCCUGGCCGCGGCGCUCAACCGGUCCGUCCCACAGCUCGGGGCCGACGAGGAGCAGGACCGCCUCACCACCGCGGCGGAGCCUCGCGUGCAGAUUCUGCAGCUCACGGUGCUCGAGGCGGUGCAGGUGCUGCUGGCGUACUGCGCGCGGAAUGACGCGGUCGCGCCUCUCGCGGUGCGGGCCGUCGUGCACGGCCUCACCGUGUUUCUCACCACCCCCGCGGCGGAGGCGUGGGCGGGCGCGGCCGAGGGCGAGGCUGAACAGCCACCGCCCGCGUUUGCGUGGGACGCCGCGGCCGCCGCCGUGCUCCCGCGCAGCCACCUGCGCACGGUUUACCAGGCGUACCUCGCCUUCCUCGCGAUCCUCGCGGAGCCCGUUGCCGGCCUCGCCGGCCCAAGCGACGCGAGGCGGCUGUCGGCACAGGAGCGCCGCGCACUCGAGGCGGUGCCGCCCACGCCGGCGGUGCUGGCGGCGAUGGAGGGGCUUCAGGCGCUCGUUGCGCUGGCGACCGACUUCCUCGCGCGGCGCGUCGUGGAGGAGGUGCUGCCCGUCGUCGCCACUUGGUACCGGCGCGGGGCGCUGCCCCGCAUUCCCACAAGGACCGACGAAAAGGUCCAGGCCGCAGCCAAGAAGUUCCUGCAGGACACCUGUUCGCUAGACCCGUCCCUGGGCGAGGAGGUGCGUGCUGCGUGCGCCGCCCUGCUCCCCCCGUUUACUCCUCCUCCGGCCGAGAUUGCUGAGGAAUCGUAA